AUGAGUCUCAGCAUCUGCCUUUGCGUCGUCACCCUUGUCGUCAUCGCUGCCGCUGUGCUGCCGCUUUCGCCCCUUCACUGCAGCUCCUUCAGGCUUCGGCUCGUGCUGCUGAUGCUGCUCACGGCGGCGGGUGAGAAGCAUGCCGCCAGCGAUAGGGGCGACAAAGUAGUCCAGCACGCGCUUCUCCACAAAGUUGCCUUGGCUCAUCGCGUAAAACCCGACGCGGUCGCUGAGUUCCACGAAGAGCGACGGUGA